GGGCGACACGUCCUGGGAGCGCCGGACGGAAGCGCUGCUGGGACUGACACGUGGACUUGGGCGGCGCUGUGGGCCGCGGGAGCCGGUCUCGGGACUCAGUGAGCACCGUGGCUGUCCGCUCCUGAUGCAGCCGCCCCCGGACAAGGCCCACCAGGACACAGCUGGGGACGCCCAGUGGUCCAGGCCUGAGUGCCAGGCAUGGACGGGGACGCUGCUGCUGGGCACGUGCCUGCUGUACUGCGCCCGCGUCAGCAUGCCCAUCUGCACCGUCUCCAUGAGCCAGGACUUCGGCUGGAACAAGAAAGAAGCCGGCAUUGUGCUCAGCAGCUUCUUCUGGGGCUACUGCCUGACUCAGAUCCUGGGUGGCCACCUGGGGGACCGGAUCGGGGGUGAGAAGGUGAUCCUGCUGUCAGCCUCCGCCUGGGGCUUCCUCACCGCCGCCACGCCCCUGCUCGCGCACCUGGGCAGCGCCCACCUGGCCUUCAUGACCUUCUCUCGCGUCCUCACGGGCUUGCUCCAAGGGGUUUACUUCCCUGCACUGACCAGCCUGCUGUCGCAGAAGGUCCGGGAGAGUGAGCGAGCCUUCACCUACAGCACCGUGGGGGCCGGCUCCCAGUUCGGGACGCUGGUGACGGGGGCAGUGGGCUCCCUGCUCCUGGACUGGUGCGGCUGGCAGAGCGUCUUCUACCUCUCUGGAGGCCUCACCCUGCUGUGGGUGUGUUACGUGUACAGGUACCUGCUGAGCAAACAAGAUCACAUUCUGGCCUUGGGCGUUUUGGCGCAAGGCCUGCCGAUGGCCAGGCACACCAGGGUUCCCUGGAGACAGCUCUUCCGGAAGCCUUCUGUUUGGGCGGCCGUCUUCUCCCAGCUCUCAGCUGCCUGCUCCUUCUUCAUCCUGCUGUCCUGGCUGCCGACCUUCUUUAAGGAGACCUUUCCCAGCUCCAAGGGCUGGGUCUUCAACGUGGUGCCCUGGCUGGUGGCGAUUCCCGCCAGUCUGUUCAGCGGGUUUCUCUCUGACCAUCUCAUCAGUCAGGGUUAUAGAACCAUCACCGUGCGGAAGUUCAUGCAGGUGAUGGGCCUGGGCCUGUCCAGCGUAUUUGCCCUGUGUUUGGGUCACACCUCCAGCUUUUGUAAGUCUGUGUUCUUUGCAUCAGCCUCCAUUGGCCUGCAGACCUUCAACCACAGAUUUAUGGACCGCAAAGGAGUGUACAUUCGGCAAGCUGGCCUUCUUGUUUGUUUCAUCCUGGGAGUGGGGCCCUCGCUGUGUCGCUGCCCAGACGGGGAGCUGGGAGCUCAGAUGGCCCACGUGUGGCCGAGCGUCUGGGCACGGCCCGGAAGCACCCGCUGGGCUGCCCUGAGCCCCCAGUGGUCUCCAGGUGCUCAGAGGCCUGCCGUUAGUUCCGUGGAUGGUGGCUGCCCGUGGUCACCUGCCACGUGCUCUCCUCCCCACAGUGGCAUUUCUGUUAACAUUCAGGACCUGGCCCCGUCCUGCGCUGGUGUGCUCUUUGGUGUGGCCAACACAGCUGGAGCCUUGGCAGGUGUUGUGGGUGUGGGCCUGGGUGGUUACCUCAUUGAGACCACGGGCUCCUGGACGUCCGUGUUCAACCUGGUGGCCGCGGUCAGCAGCCUGGGGCUGUGCACCUUCCUGAUGUUUGGAAAGGCCCAGAGGGUGGACCUGAGCCCCAGGCAGGAGGACCUCUAGCUGCCCGCCCCCCGCCCCAAGGCCCGUCCAUCAGCCUUGGGCGAGUGGCUUCAUUUAAGAGCCUCUCCUCUUGACUGCAAACAUGGGACCUCGGAGAGUGAGCCUUGGUGGAGCAGGAGUGGGGCCUCAGUUUCCCCUCUGCCACAGGGUGCGUGCCCUCCUCAGCACUGGUGGGCCUGUCACCGGUGGCUGGAGUCAGUGCAGAGCCAGGUGUGCCCUGCCCUCAGCCGCCUGGGAGCAGCGGCUGGCACAGGGCCUGGACUGCACGCCGCCCCCAGCACUGCUUGGCUUUGUUUCUUGGCACUCGGGCCGGAUCAUUCUCCGGGGGCAUCCUGUGUACUACGGGGGAUUGAGCAGCAUCCUUGGCCCCCAACGCUGUCUCCUGAUGUCACCAAGUGUCCCCCGGGUUGGGUGGGGGGCAGUGAGCUCCAGCCCUUUGGCUGUCUUUAGACCCGACCCCAAGGUCUCCCUCCCGUGGAUCCCCAGACACUAGCAAUGCACUCUGCUUCCCUGGCACCCGGUGCCAUUGUGUGGGAACCUGGCACCCUCUCCUGCCCAAGCCAUUCCCCAGAACCAGGUGACCCUGCCUUCCGGUUUACGACAGAGGAGCCAUCGCUCAUGAAUAAUAGGUGUCGCCAGAUAUAUAUGGAGAGAAAAGAAAUAUAAAAUGUGGGGCACGUACCAAAGCCUUAUUUAAAUGAUGACUAUUCAUUUAUUUAAAAGAAGACUGUUAUUUUAAAGCACAUUGUUAAAAGAAUAAAUACUUGUAAAAUA